AUGGUGGGUGUUGGGGAGAUGAUUGUGAGUGCCGUGGUGAAACAAAUCGCUAGCAGGCUAAUUAAAAUCGUUGGGGAUGAGAUUGCUCUGCAUUGGAAGUUUAAAGGUGAGGUGGAUAAAAUGAUGCAGAAAAUGAAAGAUCUGGCGGCUAUGAUGCAUGAUGCUGACAACAAGGUGAGCCAAGGAGGAGAAGUUGGGAAAGAAGUUGGGCGGUGGCUCCUGAAGUUAAAAUCAGUCGCCUACGACCUUGAGGACCUGCUGGACGACUUGGAUACCAAGAAUAACGAAGCAAAGCUCAAGGUGUUCUUUUCCCGGAACAAUCAAGCAUACCAGUGGAUAACCAGACCCCACAAUUUGGAGGAUGUGGGGAAGAGAAUAGUAGAAUUAGUUAACGAGGGCAGGGUGUUCAAGCUGGCUUGUGAAACACCGACUGAAGGGAGCAGAAGCAAAGAAACAUUUGCAGCCAUCAGCGAUGGAGGCAUCACAAGUGGAAUGCAGGGGAGGGGUGCUGAAAAGGACAAGUUAAUCAGUUUGCUAUUGGGAACCGAAUAUAAUGAGCAUAUCUCCAUCAUUCCAGUUGUGGGGCUUGGUGGUAUAGGGAAGACAACAUUGGUCCAGUCAGUAUAUGGAGACAAGAGGGUCAACAUCUUCGACAUCCGAGCCUGGGUUCAUGUGUCUACCAAUUUUGAUUUGCGUAAAAUUGUGAGUUCCAUCCUCAAAAGUAUAAAUACUGGUAUCAACCUUGACAAUUGUACUUUGCAGUCUCUACAUCAGAGUCUUAAAGAUGAACUUACUGGUAAAAAAUAUUUGAUUGUUUUGGAUGAUCUUUGGGAAGAAAAUGUUAGUAAGCUUGAAGGAUUGAAGCAGAUGUUACAAUAUGGCUCGAAUGGUAGCAAGAUUAUAGUAACUACGCGAAACCAACGCGUAGUGCAAAGUGGCCUGCACACUGGUGUUCUUGCAAAUGCAGGGAAAAUUUGUGUCGCGCUUGUGCAUGACCAAAUCAAUUUGGGUAUUUUGUCAAUAGAUGAUUGUUGGGACCUAAUGAAGAUAAGGGCAUUUGGCCCUGGUGAUGACCAAACUACCUUGGAAAAAAUCGGAUAUGCUAUUGCGGGAAAAUGUGGGGGCCUACCGCUCGUGGCAAAUGCUUUUGGGCAAGUAAUGUCGGAGGACAAGUCCAUCAAAGCAUGGCAAGAUAUAAAAGAGAGGAUGGUUGAUUUGGGUCUGAAAGGCAUACAUCAAAAGGAAACAUUGCAAUCCCUCAAGUUGAGCUAUCACUACAUGAAGUCAGAGUUUAAAAUAUGUUUCACUUAUUUGGCAGCUUUCCCCAAGGGCUUCAUUAUAGACACCAACCGGCUGGUCCAGCAAUGGAAUGCUCUUGGAUAUACUUAUCCAGGGUAUGAUGGUCAAAGAUGCCUCAAGUACCUUUUGGGGAUGUCAUUUCUUCAAAUUUCAGAAUCUUCUUCGGUUGGUCCAAGUUCCAUGCACAGUAAAGUUCCUCAGGAGAUCACCAUGCAUGAUUUUGUGCAUGAACUUGUAACAAUAAUUGCUGCUGAGGAAUUCCUUGUUAUGGAUGGUACUGAACCAAAGAAAAUGGACAAACCUAUCCAUUGCCGACAUGCACAGUUGAUUAAAUACAAGAAUCAGUCCCAUGCCUUCAAACAUCUGCCACUCAAGCUUAGAUCCCUCCAUUUUAGGGAUUCUCAAGAGCUGCAACUCCCCAAAAAUGCAUUUUCUAGAUUCAGGUACAUGCGUAUCUUGGAUCUAAGUUCCUCACAAAGAGGUGGAUGUUUAGUAAUGCCACCAUUUUCCAUAGAUGAACUGCAGUUGCUUAGGUACUUUGAUGUGUCGGGCUUGCCAAUUGCAUCACUUCCUAGGUCUCUCCAUACGCUUCAAAAUAUGCAAACUCUGAUUAUGUCCAAUUGCUCACUUGAAACCAUGCCUGACAAUAUAUGUAGCCUCCACAAACUUCGCUAUUUGGACCUGUCUGGUAAUAGCAACCUUAAUAAGCUACCAACAUCUUUGGUUGGCCUUGCAAAACUCGUAUUCCUAAACUUGUCAGGUUGCUCCAUGCUAACCCGACUAUGCGACAAUGUUUCCCUUGAGUCUUUAGAGCAUUUGGACCUAUCAAAUUGCCAUGAGCUAGAAAACCUGCCAAAUAAUUUUGGCGACCUUCAAAAUCUGGUAUUCUUGAAGCUCUCUUCCUGCCACAAAGUUUCAGUGCUACCAGAAUCAUUCUGCCGGCUAAGGAAUCUGAAAGGGCUAGAUCUUUCAGAUUGCCAUGAACUUAAGGAACUCCCCAAUUGUUUUGGCUUGCUUUACAAGCUAGAAUCUUUAAACCUAGCCAGUUGUCCUAAGCUAAAACUGCUGCCAGAUUCAUUCUGUAAGUUGUUUAAGCUAAGGCAUCUCGAUCUUUCAUAUUCCAUAAUGCUCGAAAGGCUCCCUUCCUCGUUUUAUAACCUUAAGCUUCGUUCAUUGGACAUGCAUGACACAUCUCUCACUACCUUUCCAAAUGGCAUCCAGACAAUGACUACUCUUACCCAGUUUCUAUUCACGUCGGCUAAUCAUUGUGUAGCACAUGAGGCUGAUCUCGCUAUUGAGCAUUUAGGUUUGCAAGGACGGUUAAUACACCCUGUACGUGAGGUACACAAUACAGGAUUUAGCAGUAUAGUGGAGCUUUCGCAGUUGACUUGUCCUGAUCUUCAAGUUGAAUGCCUUGAGAAUGUCAUGAGUCCAGAAGAUGCCGAGAGAGCCAAACUGCAUGAUAGAUCGGAUCUUCUGCGACUAAGUCUUCAGUGGGAUCGAGAGAAGGAGACAUCUGCAGUGGAGUGUAAAUUGGUGCUGGAGCAGCUCUUACCUCCUAGGACUCUUGAACAACUUGCUAUACGAGGGUAUCUGAGCAAAGAUUUCCCUAACUGGAUGACCGACAUAGCCUCACACCUCCCCUCUCUCACCUACCUAAAACUUUAUGAUCUGGACAUAUGUGAUCCUCUGCCCCCGUUAGGCCAGCUGCCAAAUUUAAGAAGCCUGUAUAUGGAGAACAUGCCCAAUAUUGAAGAAAUCGGCAAGGAAUUGUAUGGAGAAGGCCACCCAACUUUUAUCAAGUUAAGAGUGAUAAAUUUACAGGGGAUGCAGAAUUUGGUGGAGUGGUUGACAACACAAUCAGGUGCAGAAAACGAAGAGAUUCUUAUCCCCAAUUUGCAUAAACUAGAAAUAGUUGACUGCCCACAGUUGAAGUUCCUGCCAUAUCCCCCAAGAAGUAUGUGUUGGCGCUUGGAUAACAGUAACAGCGAUGAUAUGGUGUCAGAACGAGUAUCCUUGAAGGUUUCGUCUUACAAUCUUCUUUGUAGGAUGUCAAUAAUAAACUGCAAUUUUUCAAGAGACAAGUGGCAUAGUCUUCGGCACUUCAAUACCCUUGAGAUAUUUGAUGUUAUCUCCUGCAGUGGCUUGAGGGCCUUGCCAGAAGUCUUCAAAUCCUUCACCUCCCUCAAGAAGCUAUACUUGAUAUCGAUAAAGGGCCUCGAGACACUGCCAGAAUGGUUGGGGGACCUCACUUUUCUGGAAGUAAUUAUGAUCGCAUCUCCUGGGAAACUAACAUCUUUACCUGAAAGUGUGCAGAAACUCACCGCUCUCAAAGAAUUGAGGCUAUGGAGGUGCAGGAGCCUGGCAAAAUUGCCAGAUGGGAUAGGGUGCUGCACUUCUCUCGAGAGACUUGACAUCAAGGGCUGUCACAAACUGACUUUUUUGCCAGAAAGUGUCAAGAACCUUCCCGCUCUCAAAUCACUCUGGUUGGUGUACUGCAAACGCCUUGCAUUGCCAGAAUGGCUGGGUCAGCUCAUUUGCCUAGAAGAACUUGCAUUCAGUAGUCGUCCCAACUUGACAUCAUCGCUUACAAGCAUGCAGAAGCUUACGGCCUUGAAGACAAUAAGGCUGCAGUGCAGCGACAUGACAGCAUUCCCGAGAUGUCUAGGGCAGCUCAUUUCUCUGCACUUGCUUAUAAUCUGUGAUUCCCCCAACCUGACAUCUUUGCCAGAAAGCAUAUGCAAUCAUGCUGUCUUGAAAUCACUCGCCAUUACAAGUACCUGUCCAAGUCUGAUUGAGUGGUGCAAUGGGAAGGGCAAUCCGAAGAUUAAUGUUCCAUUCGGUAUGACACGGUCAGAACAACUUUUUGGAUCAGAAGAAGAAGAAUGUGAGGAAGAAGAAGAAUACGAAGAAGAAGAAGAAUACGAAGAAGAAGAAGAAGAAGUAGAAGAAGAAGAAGUGGAUAUGCCAUUAGCAACUAACUGGAACAAAAUUUUAGUCAUAUUCAUUCUUUGUUCUAUGAUAUUGUUGUAUUAUCUAUCACCGGAGAUGAAUGUGCCAGCCGGAAGAAGAAGGCGAAUAAAGGCUACAGCUUGGCAUUGGGAUAACUGAUGAAACCGAGCAACCGACUGAGCUGAUGGAUGCACGAGUUUAAACAGGGAAAAAAAUGAAGGGGACAUUCCUCAUUACAUUUCACAGCGGCGAGAUCCAUCCUUAUUGAUAGGGGUGCAGGUCUUUAUUUUGGAUGGAGAUGAGGUACCGGACAGGCAGUACAUUUUUGUGAAUUUUCACUUCUUCAGACACACUAGCAGUGCCAAGGAUUUUAUUCGGAUUUGGGCAACGAUGUUCAGUACCUCAAAGGAGUCAAGUUAAUUCACUUCUGCUGGCAGUGCCUUGCAGAAGAAAAUCUCAGUGCUAACAGGGAGAAAGCAUCGACGUUAACAAGGUUGACCCGAACAUGGACUAUGAAAGCCUCAACAAGAGAGUUCUCCUGCCAACCUUGAAGCCGUCAAAGCUUAUUCAAAAGCCUGCAUGAAAUAAAAUGGAGUACUACUGUGAUGCAUGUGCACGUGUACCUACCUACAGAGUACCAGAGGUAAAGCAUCUGAUCUGCCGAGCUGUGUGUGUUAACUAAAUAACCUUGCGAGUCCAGACUAUCAGCAUCCCUUCAUCAAUUGAAUAGAAA